AUGUUUCUUGUACUUAAUGAACUCAAGAAUGUUGGUGAAGACAGACUCGCAAACUUCAACGCUUUGAAAUCAAUUAUAACGGAUAAUGAGAUAAGAAUUAAUGAAAAGAAUCAACCCAGAAGAACUGCUCAGAAUGUUGCCAAUUUCAUUUUCGUAACUAAUAACGUCUACCCUGUCAAAAUUGAAGUUGGAGACAGAAGAUACGUAGUUUUAAGAGUUCAUGGUAAAUUCAAGGGUCAAUUUGAUUACUUCAAGAAUUUAAUGAAUUCAUGCACAAAGGAAUUUUAUGAUAAUUUACUGACGUAUUUUAUGCAAUAUGACCUUUUAUCAUUUAAUGUACGAAUCAUACCGAUGACUGAAGCCAAACAAGAUUUAAUAGAAUUAUCAACAAAUCCUUUAGAUGUAUGGAUAAAUACACAUUAUGAUGAAUUGUGUGCAGGUAUGACGUGUAAAAAUGCUCUAUGCUGCAAACCAUCAGACAUGAAAGACAAAAACUUUCAAAUGAGCAUUAAGGAUAAAUGUGAUAGGAAACAGAGAAGAAUAGAUGGUAAACAAACAUGGUGUUAUGUUUUGAAAGAAGAAAUGAAAGGAUUAUAUAAACAGGUUGAACCAAACGAUAAUGAGGAUUCAUUUACUGACGAUGAAAUACCUGUAAAUGAAGCUUUAUAA